ACUCGCUGCUCUUGACAACCAGCAAGCAGGGCAUUUUUCUCGUCAGCCAAUUCUGAUCCUCGGUUAUCGUCCGGGAUUGUUUUUUUCAACCCCUUAAGCCCCACCCCGUUAACAAGCACCGUUUCAGAUUUGCAGGAUUCUUUUAUUUUUGCUUUUACAUGAAGUUUGAAACUCGGUGUAAACCUCGCUCUGACCUUUUCCAUAUUUGCACAGAUGGGACUAGUCGUUCAAAGAUGAAAUUUUGACAGACGUGGUUCUUUUUGGCUGGAAAAAAAGGAAGUGGAUACUCCAGUGUCAAGUUUGUCAGCUGUGUGAAGGAUACACGAAACCGCCGCUAUGUGCAAUAGUUAUCUGCCUAUGGCCGUGCUUGUACUGGUGCUACCUGCCGUACGGGGUCAGUCCCCCCACCAAGCCGCCGGCCCCCCAGGCUGGAACUCCUACAGACGCCGAGAACCGCGCACCGACAAGACCAUCGACCAGCUGAUAACGGAGGCUCUGGGAGGCAUCGAUGUGGCCUCCAACAAGAUUCUAGCGGAAGGCGAGAACAUUCUGGCGGAACUGGAUAUGUACCUGUCACAAGAUCAGUUUAUUAGUCUGUACGAACCUCCGUCUGGUGACCUUAUUUUGUGGCGUAACGGUAGCAGCUUAACCUCAAGAUCACGUCACAAGCGGAAGGCGGCUCGCGAUGUAGUCUUGCGUUGGCCUCAAGGCGAGAUUCCUUACCAAUUCGCCAGAGGAGACUUCAAUGCGAAGGAGGAGUACAUGAUCAAGCAGUGCAUGACGGAAUGGGAACGUUACACCUGCGUCAAGUUUCGCCCAGCCACCAGCGCCGAUCGAAACAUGGUUCGAUUCCAAAAUGGAAUGGGCUGCAACUCACAGCUGGGUAUGGUAGGAGGUGUGCAGCUGCUGAACCUGGACAUAGCUGGGUGUCGCUUCCGCGGCCUGUACCUGCACGAGAUCGGCCACGCCAUUGGAGUAGUGCACGAGCACCAGCUGCCGGACCGCGACACCUACAUCGACAUCCUCUACGGCAACGUGUCGCCGCACAUGCGCGUGUGGUUCAACAAAUACUCCCCCGACACCGUCAACCAGUUCAGUGUGCCCUACGAGUACUCCUCCGUCAUGCACUAUGGCGUUACGGCAUUUUCCUAUAACAACCAAGCGCAUACGAUUCGAACUAAAGAUUCGUCAAAGGAGAAAGAGAUAGGCAAAGUCUACAUGAAGGAACUGUCAUUCUCUGACGUCAAAGUCGUGAGCUCCAUGUAUUCCUGCAACGCAUUCUGUGCCAGUACCGUGACAUGUACUGACGACGGCUUUCUGGAUCAGAACUGUAACUGCAUCUGUAAAGAUGGAAGUCGGGACUGUGAAGUCCGAUCUUCACAGGGCAUAGACAUGAGCGCUCAAACGGAGACAAGCCCACCCGAUGGUACACACUGCACCAACAUUUACGACAACUGGAAGUGCGCCGUGUGGGCCAAUCAGGGAGAGUGUGACCGUAACAGCCAGUACAUGCGGACCCACUGCAAGAAGGCCUGUGGUCAGUGCAAGAAGGACAAGCAGGAGCAGGAGCAAGAAGAAAAGAACCAUUUCACAACUUGGGCUUGGCAAUGGUUUGGAAUGUUCGCGAACUUGUUUCCUAAGGACUGGAUGAUAGGUGUGUGCAAGGACGUCUACACUUUCGAGAAGUGCCACAAGUGGAAAGAGAUGGGCGACUGUGUCACCAACAGCUUUUUUAUGAAAAAAAACUGCAAGAGUACUUGCAACUUCUGCGCCAACCCCGCCAUGCAGCCAGAAGCCAGCUGCAUCAACCGUUACGACGACGCCAAAUGUGAGAUGUGGGCGUUGGACGGCGAAUGCAUGCUCAACCCGGAGUGGAUGUCGGACAGAUGUCGCAAGUCGUGUCGAAAGUGCUCUGACGGAUCUGUAUCGGACGGGCCGGACAGCGGUGGCGCCGACAAGGACAAGGAAGACGAAGAGAAGGAAUGCGUCGACAUUCACCCAAACGGAGCAGAGUGCCGGCGCUGGGCGGAGAUUGGCGAGUGCACCAAGAACCCCAAGUGGAUGAUCCCCAACUGCAGGAAGAGCUGUGGAAAAUGCGAGGAUGGAACCUGUAAAAACCUCCAUGGAGACAAAGAAUGUCAGAUCUGGGCUGAGGAAAAAGAGUGCAUCAUUAACCGCGAAUGGAUGCACGCUAACUGCGCCAUGGCGUGCGGCAUCUGUCAACCGGACGUGACGUCGCAGCCCGAGACACGAACGGCCACGCCGCGGCCCGAGGUCACCAAAAAUCGGAUACCAAGACCACCACGAGGACGAGAACGACGACAACGACAACGGCUCCUGGGAAGGGUACCCAACUGCUUCAACUCGCACAAUGAGGUGGAAUGCAUAAUAUGGGCUGAGACAGGGCACUGCGACAUCAACCCCCAGUGGAUGCACAAGCACUGCAGCAAGGCCUGCGACGUGUGUGGCGGUUCCACUGGAGGUGGAAGCUCCGGGGGUGAAGAAGAAGUCUGCAGGGACAGAGAUCCCGGUGGAUGUCCCGGAUGGGCGAAAAGUGGAUUCUGUGAGACUAACCCUGGCUACAACCUCAUUUACUGCAAAAAAUCCUGCAACAACUGUAACGGUUGCCGGGACGAGCUGUUCCUGUGUGGUGUGUGGGCGAAGGCCGGCCACUGUGCAUCCAACGCACAGUACAUGCUACGUCAUUGUCAACGUUCGUGCAGCACGUGCGAGUGAUGACGUGGCAAUGACGGGGAGAGAGUGCUGAGGCGUGACCCUUGAGUCGUUCUGUUGAACUGUUUUGCACCUGUCUGCCUGAUACAGUGAUGUUAGUGGUGAUGUUGACGGUGAUGACAUUCUUGUUCUUGUCGUGGCUUUUGCUCCAAUUUUAUAUCUCCAUUUUCUCUCCACUUUAAUUUCUCUCUUUUUUUGCAUUAUAGCAAUUUAUAGUUAAAUCCAGAAACAAACCGAGGCCAAACCGGUUUGUUUUCUGCAAGUUGUAAAAAAAAGGAAGUAAAGCAAUGUUGUAAACUACAACCAUA